CGGCCUCCUUCGCGGGGGUGCGGCCAAGCAUGCCCGCGUGCCGUUCACGUGUCCAGCGUUCAAACGGAGCAGGCGCCGGCCCCCUUCCUGGGCGGAUGGGAGGCGGAAGUGCCGGCCUGCUGCGGGCAGCCCCUCGCCGAGGCCGGGAAAGGCCGGAGCUCGAGGGCAGCCGGCGGAGAUGAACUCGCCAUGGCUGCUCUCAAGACAUCGGGCCAGGCCGGCCACAGAGCGGCCGAAGACGGCGGCGGGGCCCUGGACCGCUCUCUCCAGCACAUGCUGCGGGCCAUAGUGGAGGAGCGGCACCGCCUCGCCCUCGGGCACGGCAUCGGCGGACUCGGGUGUUUCAAAGAUGACCGCAUUGUGUUCUGGACAUGGAUGUUUUCCACGUACUUUAUGGAGAAAUGGGCUCCCCGGCAGGAUGACAUGCUCUUCUAUGUCCGUCGAAAACUGUCCUAUGUGAGUGGCGAUAAUACAGAUGGGAAGAAGGCUGAAGUGGAGGUUUACCGUAGGGAUUCUAAGAAGUUGCCUGGCUUGGGGGAUCCAGAUAUUGACUGGGAAGAGAGCGUCUACUUGAACCUCAUCCUGCAAAAGCUGGAUUAUAUAGUGACAUGCGCCGUGUGUACCCGUUCAGAUGGAGGGGACAUCCACGUCCACAAGAAGAAAUCCCAGCAAGUUUUUGCAUCUCCAAGCAAGCACCCGAUGGACAGCAAAGGGGAAGAAUCCAAGAUCAGCUACCCAAACAUAUUCUUUAUGAUAGACAACUUCGAAGAGGUGUUCAGUGACAUGACUGUCGGGGAAGGCGAGAUGGUCUGUGUGGAGCUGGUGGCCAGUGACAAAAGCAACACUUUCCAAGGCGUCAUCUUCCAAGGAUCGAUCCGCUACGAAGCUCUCAAGAAGGUCUAUGACAACAGGGUAAGUGUUGCAGCAAAAAUGGCGCAGAGGAUGUCCUUUGGCUUUUAUAAGUACAACAACAUGGAGUUUGUGCGAAUGAAGGGGCCACAGGGGAAAGGUCAUGCAGAAAUGGCAGUGAGUCGUGUUUCAACGGGUGACACUUCUCCCUAUGGAACAGAGGAAGAUUCAAACCCUGGCUCACCUCUGCACGAGAGAGUCACUUCCUUCAGCACUCCCCCAACUCCUGAACGCAACAACCGCCCCUCAUUUUUCUCCCCAUCCCUCAAGAGAAAAGUGCCCCGGAAUCGUAUUGCUGAAAUGAAGAAGUCUCACUCAGCCAACGACAGCGAGGAGUUCUUCCGAGAUGACGACGAGGGAGAUCUGCACAACGCCACGAACCUCCGGUCACGGUCCUUGUCUGGCACCGGCAGGUCUCUUGUGGGUUCAUGGCUGAAGCUGAACAGGACGGAUGAGAACUUCCUACUCUAUGCACACCUAACCUACGUCACAUUACCAUUGCAUCGAAUUUUAACAGAUAUUCUGGAAGUGCGGCAGAAACCGAUUCUGAUGACAUAACAGAGAGCUUGGCACUGACAUGGAACCCUUGCUGCCAAGUGCCUACAAACCAACUGUCGACAGCACCAUCUAGUGUCAGGAGUUAAACAUUACACUGGAAAAAGGGAUGUCUUGGAAUAACCAGCCAGCCAAUCAAGAAGUGCCUCUUCCUUCUUUUCCUUCCUCUGCUGUACAUCUUUUGUGCGUAUUUUAAACAAAAGACUUUAUAGUUGCGACCGGCAGCAACCUUUCCCACCACUACAACAGUCGGGGCUGCGUUUAAGGAAAAAAAAAACCCCGGCUUUAUGAAGAAUUAGUUGUAACUGGAAAUAAAGCAACACGAACAGAAUGUAUUAACCUUUAUGUACUUUGGGAGAAAUUUCCAUAGGAUUUUUUUUUUUUACUGUUGUACCAAUGAACUUUCUUUCAUAGACUGUUGAGAACCUUCCUUUCUUCCUUAUCGCACAGCAAGACAGCUUUGUGUGUGCAUAUGCAGUUGAGGAAAUGGUAGCAGAAUAAUGUAACCCUAAAGGAAAGCGGACUCGGCCAGAGUGCAGUUUGGCUCCGUGUCAGGUUGGAACUUGACAGAUUAUUUUUCCUUAGUGGUCUGUUUUUAAGGUUCAUGGUGCAAAUUGAUUCUCUACCAAAGAACAGUGCAGACGUCCAGCCAGAAGGGCCCAAAGGAGCCAAGGUGAAGACAGAAGAACUGCACUGGGCUAGCUGCAUAGGACUGGUAGCACGUCUAGAUGUAAAUCUUGCCCAUAAGAGGAUAUAAGAUGUACGAAAACGUGAAGGACCGUGGCACCAAAACCCCAGAGGCCUCAGUUGCUCUUCUGCCCUGGCUCAGCAGAAACUAAAGCUCCCAAGCGGCGGCUUCUGGAAUGGUUUCUAAGUCAGAUUUCCAUCACCCCUGUAUAAUUUGCCGCUGCAUUAGACUCCCUCAGAUUUUUAUUUGAUGGGUCUGUGAUUUGUGAUGUGGUAUAAUUAUGGGGGGAAGGGUUGUUGUUUGAGGAUUGUAGGUCAGGUCUGCUGAACUGUCCGCAGAGGAUGCAUAAAAAGUGCCAUUUUGAGCAUGCCA